AUGAUCUCUACCUGGAGGCUCAUUGCCUCAACUAUCGUCCUAUCAGGACUAGCUCUCGCCGAUACUUGUUCUAUUCUUAAGGAGAUCUCCAACAUCGAAGUCACGGACCCCCUGGAUCUUUCAUACUUGUCGGAGCAAAGUGACUACUGGUCCACUUCUUGUUCUGCCUUGAAGCCUUCUUGUAUUAUCUUCCCAAAAGAUGCAGAUGAAGUGUCCGCUAUCGUGAAAGUCCUCAACAACAAUACGGAAAACUUCGCUAUCAAGUCUGGAGGUCAUAAUCCUAACAAUGGCUGGUCUAGUGUUCAAGGUGGCCCCCUGAUCUCUACCCAGAAUAUGAAGCAGGUUAUCCUGGAUAGCGAAACGGGAGUAGCUCGAGUCGGGCCCGGACAACGGCUAGAUAGCAUAUCUGCAGCGCUACAGGGUACCGGAUGGACUUUCGUUGGCGGCCGGAUUGGGAAUACAGGCGUCGGCGGUUUAGUCCUCGGCGGCGGCCUCUCAUACAUGUCAGCACAAUAUGGCUGGGCUGCCUCAUCAGUGCUGGAAUAUGAGAUUGUCCUUGCCAACGGUACCAUUGCAACCGCAUCUGCUACCCAAAACGCCGAUCUCUUCAAGGCGCUGAAGGGAGGUGGCAAUAACUUUGGCAUCGUAACCACUUAUGUCCUCCAAACAUAUCGCCAGGGCAAUAUAUUCGGCGGUAAUUUGGUCUUCCUUCGUACCCCUGAUACGGACGCCAAGCUGCUGAAAGCUGUCAGGGACUUCACCGAGUAUAACGAAGAUGAUAAAGCGGCUGUCAUCGUGACAGCUGAACGUGGCAAUAUAGAUCUUAUCGACACUUGGAUUCUCUUCCUCUUCUAUGACGGAGAAGUGGUCCCCGAAGCGACCUUCAAGAACUUUACCGACGUUGGCCCUCUACUUGACACCACGAAGGUCCAGACUUAUGCUGAUCUCAUGGCCGGCAGCAACUGGGUCAUUGUCAAGGGCUCCGUUGUGCAGAUCGGAACCGAGACAAUCCCGAUGCCAUCGGCGGAAGAUAGCGAGAAGGUGAUGGGAGGCAUCCAUGACCACUGGAGGAACAUCACCGACACAACACUUCUUGAACUUGGUAUCGUUGCCUCGAUUGCUUAUCAACCAUUCCCUAAACGAAUCGCCGAGGCCGCCAAGGAACGAAGUCCUGAUUUAAUCGAUGCGGACGAUUCGGCCAAUCGCCUAAUACUCGAGCUGAAUUACAGCUUCGUUCCGCAGAGUGACUACGACAAAAUGGAUCAGACGCUACAGCAAACGUAUGGGGGGAUACGCGAUCGUGUGCUCGGGUGGCAGCAGGAUGGAACGUUGCCAGACAUCUAUCUCCCCAUCUUCAUGAACUAUGGGUUCCACCAACAGGAUUAUUUCGCCAGGCUUCGUCCAGAGAAUAGGGCUUUUGCGCACUCGGUUUCGGAAAGCGUGGAUCCCACAGGUUUCUUCCGGACCAGAAUAGGAGGUUGGAAACCAUAA